UGUUGGUAAAGGUCGAGUAUAAAUAGGGCAGGAUGAAGGUUGAGUAAAGGUCGAGAAAUCCUCUCCAUUGUCGUCUCCCUUGGCGUCGUCCUUUGCAGGCAGGGCCCUCUCACUCUCAGUCUCCGCAGCCAGUAAACCCUACCUAGUCAAAGAUAUAUCCUCCGCUCCCAAUCUCCCAAUUUUUUAUUUGCUGUAAUUUUUUCAGAAAAAAAUAAGUUAAAAAAAAAGGAAUACCAAAUUCUAAAAUCUCUAUAUCCCCAAAUCAUGGCCCUGCCAGAAACCCUAGAUUCCCCGCAAUCAUCAUCUUCUUCAGAUCCACAACUGUUCCGGAACUUGUCAUCCAGUCGGCUCAAUGCCCAGGCGCCGGAGUUUGUGCCUACUCGCUCGACGCCUCAGCAGCAAAGUAUGAGGAUGAUGAUCCCUCCUCCUCCGCCCCCUGGGAUCAUGCACGUCUACUCUCCUCCUCCUGCGCCGGCGGGGGCGGCGUUUCACCUCCCCGUGCCUAUCCCACCUCACUUGGUUCCCGUUCCCCAUCAUAUGUCCAUGAGAAAUCAUCAUCAUCAUCCUUACCAGAACCAUCAUCAUCGAGAGCAGGAAGUUGAAGCUGUUGCUAAGAAAGAUCAUCAGGAGCACAAGGAUCAUGGUUCGAUUUCCUCCAAAAACGGACUAUCUGAAGAAGCUACACUGAAGAUUUUGAAUCAGGUUGAGUACUAUUUUGGCGAUUUGAACUUGGCCACCACGGAUCAUCUUAUGAGGUUCAUCAACAAGGAUCCUGAUGGAUAUGUGCCAAUAUCUGUUGUUGCAUCUUUUAAGAAGAUUAAAGCCCUUGUAACUACUCAUUCCCAGCUAGCUACUGUUUUGCGGAACUCAGCAAAGCUUGUAGUUAGUGAAGAUGGAAAAAAAGUAAGACGCCAGCAUCCCCUUACUGAAUCGGAUAUGGAAGAGUUGCAAUCUCGUAUAAUUGUUGCUGAAAAUUUGCCUGAGGAUCACUGCCAUCAGAACCUCAUGAAGAUUUUCUCUGCGGUUGGGAGGUACAGAGACUAUUACAUUUCUAAAGAAGUUAUGAGCUCUAGUGUGAAAACAAUCCGUACCUGUCAGCCUCAACCCUCUGGUGGUGGGAUGUCUUCAGCAUCUAGGUCAGCAAAGAGUGAUGGCAUGCAUUUUAGUAACAAGUUGCAUGCAUUUGUGGAAUAUGAAACUGUUGAGUUGGCUGAAAAAGCUGUUGCGGAGCUUAACGAAGAGGGAAAUUGGAGGAGUGGCCUUAGGGUCCGUCUAAUGCUUAGACAUGUGUCAAAACCUGCUCAUGCAAGAGUGAAAAAGGGGCAUGAUGGAGAAGGUCAAUGUGAGGAAGAUGAUGUUUGUAUUUCUGAACUGCCUUCAAAUGGGAAACAACAAGAAGAUCCUUCUCAGUUGUCUGAUAUUCAUUCACAUGGGAAUCCUGCAAGUUCCAAUCCAAUUCUUAUAGGAGAAGAGCAUUCUAAUGAGAAAGAGUGUGGGCAGAAAAAAGGGAGAAACAGGGGCCGGGGUAAAGGACGUGGGCGGACUCAAUACCAUAAUAACCAUCAUAGUAGUCACGGAAAUCAUGUAGGCACUCCCCCUUCAGCUUCAAGUAAUUGGGUCAGCAAUGAGCAAGCUACUGGAGCAAAGCAGCCCCCUGGUCCUCGUAUGCCAGAUGGCACAAGAGGAUUUGCUAUGGGUCGAGGGAAGCCAGUUGCUGUUAAUACUGCAUGAAUGAAAUUUAUGCUACAUAAUCGUGCGACUUUGUGCAAUGUUAUAGGAGGGUAGGGAGAUGUGUGUUAUAAGUGGUGUUGGAUGGCCGACAGGUUUUCCUUCUGUGGCUAUUAGCCAUUAGUCGUAGUUGGAAAAAAAUUAUAUGAUUGGUGAGUGGGUCGAGUGACCCAUUUUCCUAUGAUUUUGUAUGUGGGUAUGGAAGAUGCAAAAACAUAUGCAUGUCUUAUGUUUUUUUUAGCUUUGAUUGAUGUAGUAAGUAGAUGACCAAUGCCCUAUAUUUAAUGAGUGAAUAAGGAAUAAUAUUUGUCGUUAGAAUAA